UUUGUAAUUUUGUGAUGUUUUUCUCUGUAAAAGUACUAAAAAUACUUGCAAAAUAGAGAUUGCACCUUCGAGAUUUCCUUUUUCAUCAAGAACAGUCGCCAUUUGUUGAAACAUUUCGGAAACUCAGUGAAACAUCUGGCCACGUAAAUUUUCAUCGACUCCCAAAAUGAGUGAGUCGGGCGUUCAAAAGAUCAUUCUUUCAAACAAUGUGCAACAAUGCAUCGAGCAAGUGCUCCAGAACCAAGAUCCCCUAAAUUCAGCUGAUUUUGACCCCACGGAUUACAUUAAUCAGCUAUUUCCGAACGAGCAGAGCUUGUCAAACAUCGACGAUAUCAUAAAUCGGAUGGAGCUGCAAAUUAGCGAGCUGGACGAUAACAUACGGGGCGUAGUUCGGAGUCAGAGUCAAACGGGCGAACAAGGCAAGAAGGCUCUCGAGGAGGCGCAAGCAACAAUUGUGCAGCUUUUUUCGCAAAUAACCGACAUUAAAGAGCGUGCGGAGAAAACAGAAUCAAUGGUAAAGGAGAUUACGUGCGACAUCAAGCAACUGGAUUGCGCUAAGAAGAAUCUCACGUCGGCAAUUACGAUCCUAAAUCAUCUCCACAUGCUAUUUGGGGGUGUCGAAAGUCUCGUGACGCUUGCCGAGAAACGUCAAUACGGCGAAAUACUGAAUCCAUUGCAGGCUAUCACAGAAGUGAAUCAAUAUUUCAAACAAUAUACGGAAAUUCCGCAGAUUCAAAGUCUAUCGCAACGCGUUACCAACAUUCAUGCGGAUCUCUCGACACAAAUUACGGAAGAUUUCAAAAAUUGCUUCAGUACAAGUGCAAAUCCCAACUCGGGACAAAAGAUGUCGAUGAAACAAUUGACAGAUGCGUGCAAAGUGGUCUCCGUGUUAGAUCCGAAAGUGAAGCGGGAGCUGCUAAAGUGGUACGUGAAUCUCCAGAUGCAAGAAUAUAUCCAACUUUUUCAUGAAAAUCAAGAUAUCGCGUGGUUAGAUAAGAUUGAUAAGCGAUAUGCAUGGAUAAAACGACAUUUGUUGGACUUUGAAGACAAAUAUGGGAAGAUUUUUCCGCUGGAUUGGGAGGUGUCGGAACGGAUUGCUGUUCAUUUUUGCAAUAUUACAAAAGAGGAGCUCACUAAUAUUAUGGCUAAACGUCGCACAGAAAUUGACGUAAAAUUGCUGCUUUUUGCUAUCCAGAAGACUUCUGCAUUUGAGCUUCUUCUUGUGAAACGAUUUUCGGGAGCAACUUUUGACGAAAACACUUCGACAUCGCCUUCACAUGCGAAACCGGUGACACCAAGAAGUCCUGGGAACGAUAAAAAGUUGUUAGAAGAUCAAAGUCCGAGCAGUCAAGAACAAAUUCAAAUGGAGUUGGAACAAACAAAAUCACCUUUUAUCGACUUGAUUGGUGUCUGUUUCAAAGCUUACCUGGAUUUGUACACGGAGAGUAUCGAUCGCAACUUGGCGGAUCUCGUUGAGAAAUUCGUGCGUGAACAACAAAAGGACAUCAACGACAUAAAUGCGGGAGUUUUUCCCAGUUGCGCGGAUUUAUUUGUUUUUUACAAAAAGUGCAUGGUACAAUGCACUCAAUUGUGCAACGGAAAGACGAUGUUUGAUCUUUCGACGGUAUUCAAAAAAUAUUUGCGAGAAUAUGCUGCAAAAGUGCUCGAAUCCAAAGUGCCCAAAGUGACGUCGACCCAACCCAGUAUCGGAACGAAUUUGAGUUUUCUCACGAAAGAUUUGCAAAAUUUACAGACAGCUGCUGGUCAAGUUAUUCACAAUUUCUUGAAGGAAGGUGACGUUCCACGAUACACGAAAGACGAAGUUGUCCGAAUUUGCUGCAUCAUGACUACGGCUGAGUAUUGUCUCGAAACUGUACAACAGCUGGAAGACAAAUUAAAGGAAAAAGUCGAAGCUACGUACAAAGAUCGCAUCGAUUUAUCCGAGGAAAAGGACAUUUUCCAUCGUGUCAUCUCGAAUUCGAUUCAUCUCUUGGUGCAAGAUGUCGAAAGUGGCUGCGAACCCGCAAUGAUUGCCAUGUCGAAGGUGCAAUGGCAAAACAUCAGUCAAGUGGGCGACCAAAGUCCCUUUGUCAAUUCAAUUAUCACGCACUUUAAACAAUCCAUUCCCAUUAUUCGUGACAAUUUGGCCACGUCGCGCAAGUAUUACACCCAAUUUUGCCACAAAUUUGUCAACUCUUUCAUCCCCAAGUACAUCAAUACGUUAUACAAGUGUCGUCCAACGAACGACACCACAAGUAAUAUUAUGGGAUGCGAACAAUUGCUGCUCGAUACACACAGCUUAAAAACUACUUUACUCGAUUUGCCGUCGAUUGGAUCGCAAGUUGUACGAAAAGCACCCACGAGCUACACGAAAGUUGUCGUGAAAGGAAUGUCCAAGGCAGAGAUGAUAAUUAAAAUUGUCAUGGCACCCGUCAAUCCGGCGCAACAGUUUAUCGAACAAUAUUUAAAAUUGCUGCCUGAAAGUGGAUUAGGAGAUUUUUACAAAGUGUUGGACAUGAAAUUGUUAAAGAAGCAAGAUCAAGUACCAUUGAUCGAUUUAUACAAGAAAUUGGCACCGAAAGAAAAUUUAACGGGCGAUGUCGAGGAAGCGAGUAACGCAACUGGUGGAGAUAGCGAAAAAGGAAAAUCGUUGAAAAAGUUUGAGAAUUUACUGCGAAAAACACGAAAAACAUUCCAAGAAUAAGGAUUUUAAUUUGUAUUUGUCUAAGAAUUCGUAAUUUUUGUUCGACAUUUAAUCUGUAACACUGUGCAAAAUAAAUUUAUUUAAUAAAAUUAAUAUUAAU